CUCUUGGUAGUUUCUUGACGUCUCUGUCUGCUAAAGCCCGUACAGUACGGUAUUGAAAUUAGGAAUUUUAAUUUAGUUUUAAAAACCUUCACAGAAGUUCCAGUCACUGCUGCAAAAUGAGUAUCGAUAUUGGAGGUAUGAGAAUAAGGUACAAAGAUAAAGAUGAAACAUUCCUAGAGAAGCAUUUAGUGUCCAAGGAGCCGUUUGGGCAGUUUAAGGCAUGGUUCGAAGAAGCUUGCACAAGAAAGGAAAUCUUAGAACCUAAUGCUAUGUGUUUGGCUACAGCUACCAAAGAUGGAGUCCCUUCUUCAAGAUUUGUUUUAUUAAAAGGGUAUGGUAAAGAGGGUUUCAAGUUUUAUUCCAACUAUGGAAGCAGAAAAGCUAGGGAAAUGGAAGAGAAUCAAAACGUGGCAGCUACAUUCUAUUGGGAAGUACUUAACAGAUCAAUAAGAAUUGAGGGUGUAGUGGAAAAAGUGUCUGAAGAGGACUCCGUCAAAUACUUCCACUCUCGGCCAGUCCCGAGCCAGAUUGCCGCCUGCGCCAGCUACCAAAGUACCCCAAUUGAGUCCAGGGACGUACUGUGUGAGAGAGAGAAAGUCCUGGAGACCGAGUACAUAAUACCUGGGAAGGAAGUGCCCAAGCCAGCAUAUUGGGGGGGAUAUAUUAUUCGUCCCAAAGCUGUCGAGUUCUGGCAAGGACAAAGGGACAGACUACAUGACAGGAUCAAGUUUAGAAAACCAAAGGAUGGGGAGGUACCUGAUGGGAAAUUGUUACAUGAGGGAGAGGAUGGAUGGGUUUAUGAAAGACUUUCACCAUAGUUUUCUCAGAUGCUAAAUCAUUAAUCACAAAACUUUUUUUGGGUACAAAUUAUAAUUUAUUAUUUACAUACUUGUUACUUGAUAAUGUAAAAUGUCUUCCAAAUACUUCCAAUAUACAUUUAUGGAUA